ACCAAAAAUAAAUUCUCUCGUCUCGUAUGCAAGUUGCUAAACAACUGGUCUGUCUCAUCGUUUAUAAUUAUAGGUAACAAUCGGUUGGUAACAGAUAAAUGUGACCUCGUAUACUCUGUUACAAAAAAAAACUUGUUUCGGAAUGCAAACACACGCAUAAGUACCUAUCAUAAUUCGGAGUGAACGCAAUGUCCAAUAAACACUAAGAACCAAACUAGUUUUCCAUAAUACCGCAAUGAAUCAUUACUUAACUCAGGGGUUCCCAAACUGCGCGCCGUAGACAGAAAAGAGGGCGCCGUGAGGCAAUCCUCCUCACCAUGUUACCUAGGGACAGUCAGCAUCAAAAGUAGCGGAUCAAAACAACGCUUCAAAAAGUAGAUAUCUAUUAUUCUGUAACAGCUUGACAAAAAGUGAUAGCUCUAUAUGUAGAACAAUUAACACUGUUUGAACUGAAUUUUAGAGAUUUAUCUAUAUUUGGAAAACUUAUCCGGAACAUCAGACACUUUUGGCGCAUUGUUUCAUCCGCUACUAUUGAUGUUGACUGUACCCAUACCUAUCUAUUUCAAAUAACCUAGCUAGGUUAGGGCGCCGAGAAUACAUUUUAAAUUUGCAAGUACUCCCCAGAUUGACAAGAUUGGGAACCCCUGACUUAACUAAUAAUUAAGUUACUAAACCAAUUUAUUUUCGCGAUUUCGUGCAAAUUAUCCUGUUGUUGAUUUCGUUCAUUAUAAGGAAGACAAACAUACAUACAUACCAUAAAUAUAAUAUACGCAUACAUAAGUUACAUACUAUGUUAUUAAGUUUGUUAUUUGACGAAUAAGUAUGUACUUUCUUUACCCGUAACCCCGUAUGUACCCGUUCUUAACUUUGUUCGCCAUCUCGCUAUUUGAAGGUUGUCUAGAAGAGAUCGCUAUUUAGCGAUAAGUCCGCUUGUUGUUACCUACUUAAUAAGUAUUACGUUACAGUUACACAUACAUUAUAAACUAGCUGUUGCCCACGACUUCGUUCGCGUGGAUUUAUUUCCCGACCCACACUUUCAAACCCUUUUUAACCUUAUUAGGGGAUGAAUUCUCAAAAGUCACAGGCUGAAGAUAAUAAACAUGAAAACAGUGAGCCACCGCCACUCGCAGCCCUCAACUACGACCCUCGGGAUUGGUACUACGACAUGUCGGGAGACAAGAUUAUGGUCAUCUUCAACCAUAAUACCUACAAGAAGACGCGUUAUUUCAGGGACAAGAAACCAACGUCGCGUACGGGAACAUUGCGCGACGUGCGUGUCCUGACUGAGACCUUCUCCAAACUGGGCUUCCAAGUCACCCCCCACCAUGAUAAGACGCACGAUCAGAUCAUGACGAUACUCGGAGAGUUGUGCGCGAAACCACAUACCAACACAUCGUGCAUGUGUGUGUGCGUGCUUACGCAUGGGGAGAAUGGAGGGGAGUUGUUUGCGCACGACCGUCCGUACGAAAUGAGUGAUCUUCUGAACAAGCUGCAAUACAACGCGCCCGGCCUGGUAGGCAAGCCGAAGCUAGUCAUCGUGCAGGCUUGCCGCGGAGGUAUGGUGGACGCGGGGCAGGUGGUGCAGCUGGACGGUUGCGGGGACCCCGCGCGGCUGCCUUCCCAUGUCGACACACUCGUGCUCACCUCCUCAGUAGAAGAUUACGUGUCUUGGCGGGACUAUUACGGGUCGUGGCUGAUCCAGGAGCUAUGCCGCGUGGUGAACGCCACCUACGCACACCUAGAUGUAGUACAGAUGGCUGCCCUUGUCACUUCGCUGGUUGCGCGCGAGCGCGAAUCCAACACGCCGAGCGACCCGACGACGCACAGAAUGAAGCAGACUCCCGAGUUACGCUCUACCCUCACCAAAUUACUCCGUUUCGAUGCUGGCUCCGACUUGUAGUAUUCUAGUAACUUGUACUUGGGUCAAAAACUUUAUAAGUUGGUAUAGUUCGUAUCAUUCACGAUGACGCGCAGAUUUGUCAAAUCUAACCUUUAAUAACAUGACAAUACGAUUCAAGGCACGCGUCGUCGUGAAUGACACGAUCUGUAAGCUUUAGAAGCUGAUAGUUUCAAAAUGACAAUGAUAUAAUAUAUAGUACAUAAUGUAUAUUGUACUAAAUGCUUAGUUUAAUAAAUACAUCAAAUAUUUGCAUGCUGUUUGUGGACGGUUGAAUUAGGAGAAACUUUAUGUAUAUAUAAAUACUUUAAUCUGACCCUAUUCACGCAAAUAAAUAAUUUAUGAAUUUUAUGAUUGAUCGAAUAUCAGUUGUCAGUUCAUUGAAAAUAGAACACUGCUUGUUUGAAGGGUAACGUUAUGCGUCUUUUCUAUGAUGGACAUCAUAAAAUAAAUGGAUAAGCUCAAUUUCCUUACUUUAUCCUUGUAGGCAUAUUAAAACCAACUUUUUAAGUUUUAUAUAUUAAGAAUGUCAUAAUAAAUGUAUCCCAAAAGUUGUAAUGUUUAUAAAAAAGACGCCGCGCCGGCUUUUCCGAACGUUUUUGACCCAUUUUUUUUUAUUCGUCCUUCUGGAAAGGCUAUUACCGAAUUCUGGGUGGGAUUAAGGCCAGUCCAGAAAAGAAUUUGGCGUCAAUCCAUUCUAAUCGCCAAAUCGGCGUUUUCGUUCGCACCAUCUGUAUUUAAACCACGUAAAUUGUUCUCGUCUGGACUGGCCUUUAAAGAACAAUAAACAUAUUUGAAGUAGGUAGUGAGUUUGUUCAAUAAAAAAAUGCCUCUGCCUAGAAGCUUAAACGCUUAACUUACCUUACUUCCUAGUCGCUUUCCUCUACAAAGCGGGAAAGCUACAAGCCUAGCGCUACGAAAACGUUGGCAAUAUCAACGUAUAGAUGCGUCCCCGUCGUCCGUCACCGAAUUAAGAAAGUGCGUGAAGCGACUAGAUGGAGUCAGACCAAGAUAAGUUGGCAGCGAUUUUGAUAGCCAGACAGUGUAAGUAAACAUCAUAAUUUCAUAGAUGUUUGACGUUUAAAAUAACACUUGCGCUGUCUGGUCUAUCAAAAUCGUCGCCAACCUUGAUAUUGGUCUGACCCUGGAGUCUACAGUAAGAUUGGCUUGUAAAUAAAGACUAAGAUAUUGUUUUA